UAGGUGACAUGUGACCAGGUGAAACUAAUUAUAUAAGUAGCAUGUUUAGGGUGGUGGUGGCUAUAGUAUUUGGGCAAAGUGUAGAUUUUAUGUUAGUAGUGGGGCCUCCUUUUGGUAAUCUUCUUUUGAGAUAUGUCAUGGGCAAUGAAGGGGCUCCAUCUAAUUUUCAUUGCUUUGGUUCUUUGGAGAGAUACAAGUGGAUUCGGAGUGUGGAAUACAACCUCUGUUGUUGAUUGGCAAGCUGGACGUUCUAAUGCAACAUGGAACCAAAAUUUUCACUUCGCUACGCCUGUUCAAGCUUUGGAGCUACUGUCCAGAAAAAGUGCAAAUGGAAAUGUUGACGGAGGAAAUUCUAGUAGUUUCAGUUAUACUUCAGAAGUCCAAACUGCUCAACAGGAUUCUAGUUUUGUUCAGUCUUCUGGUGGUGCUGCUCAAGGUAAACCUGUACUAAAUGCUCAAGGUCAAGCAACUCCCAUGGUUCAACCGCAGGACAACUUGAUGAUGACUCAGUCCUCAAGGCUCUAUUGGUUUGAAUCUCUCAAGCCUGAAAACUGUGGCACUUUGCUCUCUCAAUCUUGGCCUCAAAAAGGUCAGAAUAACGGUGGAUUCCAAAGACCUUCCAGGUUCCAGUUUGGAGGCACUGCAAACCAGACAUCUGGAUCCCAGACCCAGUCGUCAUACCAGCCUAGCACCACAACACAGGUUCAGACAGGCGAGUCUAUUGCCCAGCCUGAGUCUUUCGGAGCUUCAGCUUCAUAUCCAAGUCAAACCUCUGGCAUGUACUCUGUUGUACAGGGUCCUCUGAUUGCAUCCUCUUCCCAAAUGCCUGGGUUCCACAUCCAGUCAUCAUACCAGCCUGGCACCACAACACAGGUUCAGACAGGCCAGUCUGCGUCUACAUCUCAGGCUCAGUCCUCUGGUGCGUCAACGUUGUAUCAAGGGAUUAGCUCUGGCAGGUAUCUGACUUCACUGGGUCAUAUAAUUCCAUCCUCCUCCCAGUCUGUGGUCACUACAAACCAGACAUCUGGAUCCCAGACCCAGUCAUCAUACCAGCCUGGCACCACAACACUGCUUCAGACAGGCCAGUCUGCUUCUACAUCUCAGGCUCUUGGCAGCCAUGGAGCUGCACCUUCAGGACAUGCUAAAUGGUACACCAUUGUACAAGGUCAGACAAUUCCAUCUUCUCAAGCGUCUGGAUCCCAGACCCAGUCAUCAUACCAGCCUAGCACUACAACGCUCCUUCAGACAGGCCAGCCUGUUCUUCCUCAGAGUCAGCCUUCGGGAGCUUCUGCUUCAUAUCCAAGUCAAACCUCUGGCGUGUACAAUAUUGCACAGCGUCCAUUGACUGCAACCCUUUCCGAAAUACCUGGGUUCCACAUCCAGUCAUCAUACCAGCCUGGCACUACAACACUGCUUCAGACAGGCCAGUCUGCGUCUACAUCUCAGGCUCAGUCCUCUGGUGCAUUAACAUUGUAUCAAGGAAUUAGGAGGAAUGUGACUUCUCUGGGUCAUGGCUUUCCAUACUCAACCCAGUCUGUGGUGACUGCAAACCAGACAUCUGGAUCCCAGACCCAGUCAUCAUACCAGCCUGGCACUACAACACUGCUUCAGACAGGCCAGUCUACUCCUACAUCUCAGGCUCAGUCCUCUGGUGCAUCAACAUUGUAUCAAGGAAUUAGGAGGAAUGUGACUUCUCUGGGUCAUGGCUUUCCAUACUCAACCCAGUCUGUGGUGACUGCAAACCAGACAUCUGGAUCCCAGACCCAGUCAUCAUACCAGCCUGGCACCACAACACUGCUUCAGACAGGCCAGUCUGCUUCUACAUCUCAGGCUCUUGGCAGCCAUGGAGCUGCACCUUCAGGACAUGCUAAAUGGUACACCAUUGUACAAGGUCAGACAAUUCCAUCUUCUCAAGCGUCUGGAUCCCAGACCCAGUCAUCAUACCAGCCUAGCACUACAACACUGCUUCAGACAGGCCAGCCUGUUCUUCCUCAGAGUCAGCCUGCGGGAGCUUCUGCUCCAUAUCCAAGUCAAACCUCUGGCGUGUACAAUAUUGCACAGCGUCCAUUGACUGUAACCCUUUCCGAAAUACCUGGGUUCCACAUCCAGUCAUCAUACCAGCCUGGCACCACAACACAGGUUCAGACAGGCCAGUCUGCGUCUACAUCUCAGGCUCAGUCCUCUGGUGCGUCAACGUUGUAUCAAGGGAUUAGCUCUGGCAGGUAUCUGACUUCACUGGGUCAUAUAAUUCCAUCCUCCUCCCAGUCUGUGGUCACUACAAACCAGACAUCUGGAUCCCAGACCCAGUCAUCAUACCAGCCUGGCACCACAACACUGCUUCAGACAGGCCAGUCUGCUUCUACAUCUCAGGCUCUUGGCAGCCAUGGAGCUGCACCUUCAGGACAUGCUAAAUGGUACACCAUUGUACAAGGACAGACAAUUCCAUCUUCUCAAGCCUCUGGAUCCCAGACCCAGUCAUCAUACCAGCCUGGCACCACAACACAGGUUCAGACAGGCCAGUCUGCUUCUACAUCUCAGGCUCAGUCCUCUGGUGCAUCAACAUUGUAUCCAGGGAUUAGGAGGAAUGUGACUUCUCUGGGUCAUGGCUUUCCAUACUCAACCCAGUCUGUGGUGACCGCAAACCAGACAUCUGGAUCCCAGACCCAGUCAUCAUACCAGCCUAGCACUACAACACUCCUUCAGACAGGCAGGCCUGUUCUUCCUCAGAGUCAGCCUUCGGGAGCUUCUGCUUCAUAUCCAAGUCAAACCUCUGGCGUGUACAAUAUUGCACAGCGUCCAUUGACUGCAACCCUUUCCGAAAUACCUGGGUUCCACAUCCAGUCAUCAUACCAGCCUGGCACCACAACACAGGUUCAGACAGGCCAGUCUGCGUCUACAUCUCAGGCUCAGUCCUCUGGUGCGUCAACGUUGUAUCAAGGGAUUAGCUCUGGCAGGUAUCUGACUUCACUGGGUCAUAUAAUUCCAUCCUCCUCCCAGUCUGUGGUCACUACAAACCAGACAUCUGGAUCCCAGACCCAGUCAUCAUACCAGCCUGGCACUACAACACUGCUUCAGACAGGCCAGUCUGCUCCUACAUCUCAGGCUCAGUCCUCUGGUGCAUCAACAUUGUAUCAAGGAAUUAGGAGGAAUGUGACUUCUCUGGGUCAUGGCUUUCCAUACUCAACCCAGUCUGUGGUGACUGCAAACCAGACAUCUGGAUCCCAGACCCAGUCAUCAUACCAGCCUGGCACUACAACACUGCUUCAGACAGGCCAGUCUGCUCCUACAUCUCAGGCUCAGUCCUCUGGUGCAUCAACAUUGUAUCAAGGAAUUAGGAGGAAUGUGACUUCUCUGGGUCAUGGCUUUCCAUACUCAACCCAGUCUGUGGUGACUGCAAACCAGACAUCUGGAUCCCAGACCCAGUCAUCAUACCAGCCUGGCACCACAACACUGCUUCAGACAGGCCAGUCUGCUUCUACAUCUCAGGCUCUUGGCAGCCAUGGAGCUGCACCUUCAGGACAUGCUAAAUGGUACACCAUUGUACAAGGUCAGACAAUUCCAUCUUCUCAAGCGUCUGGAUCCCAGACCCAGUCAUCAUACCAGCCUAGCACUACAACACUGCUUCAGACGGGCCAGCCUGUUCUUCCUCAGAGUCAGCCUUCGGGAGCUUCUGCUCCAUAUCCAAGUCAAACCUCUGGCGUGUACAAUAUUGCACAGCGUCCAUUGACUGCAACCCUUUCCGAAAUACCUGGGUUCCACAUCCAGUCAUCAUACCAGCCUGGCACUACAACACUGCUUCAGACAGGCCAGUCUGCGUCUACAUCUCAGGCUCAGUCCUCUGGCGCAUCAACAUUGUAUCAAGGAAUUAGGAGGAAUGUGACUUCUCUGGGUCAUGGCUUUCCAUACUCAACCCAGUCUGUGGUGACUGCAAACCAGACAUCUGGAUCCCAGACCCAGUCAUCAUACCAGCCUGGCACCACAACACUGCUUCAGACAGGCCUGUCUGCUUCUACAUCUCAGGCUCAGUCCUCUGGUGCCUCAACAUUCUAUCAAGGGAUUAGCUCUGGCAGGUAUCUGACUUCACUGGGUCAGAGCAUUCCAUCCUCCUCCCACUCUGUGGUCACUACAAACAAAAUCUCUGGAUUGCAGGACCAGUCAUUUCAGCCUGACACCACAACAAAUGCUUUGGUGGGUCAGUCUGCUUCUACAUCUUUGGCUCACGGCAACUUUCAGGCUCCAAAUUGGCAUACGAUAACUCCUCCUAGAUUCCAUAAUUUGCUACGGAACGUGUUGGUUUCUCAAUCUCUGAGCUCUGAUCCCCAAACAAGAACAAUCAACAAUAUUUUGCCGUUUCUGAACCAAAGUGCUGGGACUUCUGCCAUGUCUCAGAAUAAUGUACAGACCCCAGCAUUUCACACAUCUACACACUUCUCACCUGUCCCACAAACUGUUGCCACUCCCCCAGUCUCUCUACCCAAGCCUUGCCGACAGACACAAUGCUCAAUGGUGGAGAGUGCAAUUGCCUCUAUAGCAUCCAGCCAAACCUCUCCUCGUGUUGCCACAUCAUCUCAAGGCACAGGCUCUUUUGCUGCUGUACCCAUUCCAGGUACCUCACAGAAUUUUGCAGGCAUUGAUUUCCAGGGUACAUUGCCAGUACAUGACCAGUACAGCUCGGUGUGUAACUUUCCAUUUGGUUUCUGCAAUUCUCCUCAAGGAGCUGCAAACAACAAAUUUGUUCGAAGCCAGAGUGUACAGACACACAACCUGUGAACCAAGAAUUCAUGGGACACUUUCUGGAAUCAGUGCCUCAUCAGCAUUCUGUGUUCCACAAAGCUUUUCCAAUACACCUGAAAUUGUGAGCUCAGCCACUUACAGCUCCCCCCCAUUUCCCAACACCAGGCCCUCCUGACAAUCUCAACUGUAAGAUUAACUACUGAGUGCUUUGAUCGCUGACUGAAUAUGCUCAUUUGUGGUGCUUUUUAUUGUUUGCCUGAAUUUUUGUUGCAAUAAAAGGAGAAUGCACAUUUUGA